AUCUUUGCACAAAACGGCGAUGUAGGAAUGCAGGGGGGGUUGUUCCUGCUUUGGUAAGCACUUCAUGUCAGCUUGGCAAACCGUGCCUCAGCAAUGCUGAGAAAUCCCCUCACCUCCUCGAGGAGGAGCAAAAUUAGAGUAAUGAGCUGGGUUGUAAUUAAUUGUGCUCUGGGGACACAUUCUCAUGAUGUCUGGUGCUUCCAAUGGGGGGGAGCAUCCCCACACACAAGAGUGUUCAGGUAUGCUCCUGCCUGCGUCCCUGGCCUAGGUUACUGGGUUGCUUGAAGGAAGGUGAGUGACAGUUAAACUUUUGGUGGGAUUUGGGACAUUUUUUAACUGUCUUAUAGAUGUAGGUUAAAUAUUUGCUCAGGGCAGAACAAAUGCCUAACGCAAAAGGCCCUGCUCAGCGAUGUGUUUUAAUUGCUGGAGCUUCCCUUCAAUCCAAGUAAAAGGCAAAUUAACCUCUCUUUUUAACAAAAAAGUCUGGGCUAAAAGCAAAGAGCUAAAAAUGUGCCGGGGUCACCGUCCCUUGGCAGCGUGCCCCACGGCGGGCCAGUGCCACUGGUGCUGUUCGUGGAGGGCAGUGUCUGAACACUGAUGGUCGUCGAUAUAUCGAGCCUUCCCGCUACCUGCCGGGUGCUCGCAGGACCUGCGAGCUGUGGCAGUGAGACCUGCCAGUUGCUGCCUUUUCACUGUCUGCCUGCAAAGUGGCGUUUCUAAAAAUACCUCCAGCGAUGUCGUCAGAUAGUGCUUGCUCAGGUCUCAGAGACGUGACAUCUGAGAAAAGGACUGGAGCAUCACUGGGGGAGCAGGCUGAGAUUAUCCCAGCCGGCGCAGAUGAAUCCCUCCAGAGAGGGGCAGGCGAGCAGGGCACCCGCUGCCUGCACAGGCUCCCAUGCUGCCCCCGGCCCACCCGGCAGCAAGCAGGCAUCCCCUGGGGUUUUUUACGGCACAAAUAUCGUUGUGGCCAAGGGAAAAGAAGCUGGUACUUGGCCACCAGCAUGGAUCCAACCCUAAAUAACCCCACUUCCAAAUCCCUGGGGAUCCUGUCCCUGGUGUGCUGGGGCUGGUGGAAAACUAUGCCAUCCUUGCCGAAGAUCAGCCCUGCAGCUCAGAGGGGUGGGGUUUUUAAUACUAUUUGAAUAUGACUGUUGGCACAGACCACUUUCUGCAUCUCAGAUUUUGUUCCAUGCUUAUUCAUUAAGUUAUUUUUCUAAACAGGGGAAUUCACACAUAUGCCUAGUUAAUUUAGACGUAUUUGAUGUAAUUGAUACAACUUACAUGCAUUGCAUAAUAGCAAUGCCAUUAAAAACUUGAAGCAUUCAAAAGGCAGGAAAUUACUUACCAGUUAAAGUCAUUUACAUAAACAUUUAUAUUACCCUUACAGCUCAUAAAUGAAGUCAGUGAUGAUAUGGCAUUACAGUUGCUAUCAGAAAGUAGAAAGUAGCUUUAUGUGUGUCAAUAUUAUCACCAAACCAGAUGAAGGAGCUGCACAGUUAAUAGGGUAUUUAUGCAAAUCAGCACAACUGCUCAGGGGCUCUAGGGGUACAUAUAUGUACUAUAUCCGUGGGUCUGUAGGCACCCCCGCCCCAUCCAUCCAAGCCAAGGUCUCUGCACUGGGAACAUCAAUAAAGCUCAGCUGAGGUGCAGGGGAGGCGCCGCUUUGCAGAGCCUGGGAGGUUUGCGCUGGGUGUAUUUCUGCUGCGCUGGCUGCGGGGGGGGAAGGCAGCCGCAGCACAGAGGUGGAGGCAGCUGCCAGGCCAGUACGGCCUUGCUCAGGGCCUGGCUGUGCCAGGGGUGUGGGGGUAUGGAGGUGACACUUCCCAGACCCCUUUCCCUGGGGUGAGUGGCUGGAGCAGCUUGUGUGUCAUGUGGGGGUGUGUGUCUGUGGGUGGGUGUCUGUCCAUCCAUCUGUCCAUGUCCCGGUGCCUUUCCAUCACCCCCAUCCAUGGAGCUGGCUGGUGGCAGGGGAUGGGGCAGUCUGUCCUGGGCAGGUCUGAGGCUACCCAAGAGGGAGAUGCCAGGAUGGAAGGACAAGGCCAAAUCCUGCUCCAAACCUGGCCAGGAGUGAGCGAAAGGCUGCGACUGAGUGUGACAGGGUGGGAGGUUGAGGAGCCCUUGCCUGAAGGGCACACAGCCCGCUGGUGGGCACAGCCUUCCCCUUCCCAGCCCCGCAGGGCCGGCACCAAACCCGUGUCCCCCCGAACCCAGGCAGGACCUGCACACCCCACGGGUCAGCCCCACAGCAGGCGUGCAGACGUGAGCCAUAGGCACGGGGCACCCGCCACCGCGGAAGCCAAGUGAAGUUUUGUUGUGGGAAAUAUCCGGUACUGCCAGUUAAUUACCAUGAGCAAGUCAUGAGUAACUUGUGUCACCCAAACCAGCCAUUAACAUAAUGAUUGUACGUGCAAUACAGACAGGUAGAUACAAAUCACACCCUAAAAAUGUGUAUAAAUUAUAUUUAAAGUAGAAUUUUUUAUUGCCUUUCUGACACCAGGGCCUUUGGAGAGGUCUCGGGGCACGUUGUGCUGUUUUCUUCACGCCUGUGGGUUAGAAACAGGUUGUUUUCCCGGUGAAAUCGGUGUCCCUGGGCCCCGGCGAGCCUGGGUGCUGGCUGGCAACUGUGCCAGUGGAUGCACCGGUGUUUGGGAGCGGUGGGGACGCGGCGGGAGGCGAGGGCACGGUUUGUCACCUCCGGUCCUUAGCGUGUGGGUCACCAGCACUAUGAUCACCUUCUUGGUGGUGCAGGUGGCUCUGUCCCUAUUGUCCCCCAGGGAAGAAUGAGCUGAGCCGGGGUUUGGUGUCGGAGGAGAGGGGCGGGAGCACCCCAAUGAGCUGUGUGCCAGGAGGGGUGCGUGGGCAGGAUGGGGGGUACACCGGGGCUCCCCGGAGAGCACCUGGGUUGGGCUGAAAAAGGCCGGGGACACACCAGGGGUACCAGGGACACACCGGGAGCCCCCCGGGGCUCUGUCAAGGGGUGCUCGGGGAGGACCGGGGGACCCGAGGGUCGGGGAAGGGCCGAGGGGCCGCCGGGGGCACAGGGGGCUCCCCCCAGCUCCCCAGGGCUCCGGCGACAGGGGCUGGGGACGCGCCGGGGGCUCCCCCGGGCCCGAACGGGCCGUGCGCCCCGCAACCCCCCGCCCGCCGGAACCGGCACCGCCCGGGGCAGGGCGGGGGGGCAGCCCCGCCUCCGCCGCCCGUCGGGGGGUUCCGAGAGUUUCCAUAGCAACGGGAGCGGGGCGGAGCUCGGCGUUUCCGUUACCGAAGUGCCCAGGAGGGCGGGGACGGGGCUGGCGCCGGCUGUCCCUCCGCUGCCGCCGUCCCGAGCCCGGGGUGUCACCGCGCCCGGGACCCCUGUGCCAUGAUCACAUCCCGCACGCCCUGGGACCUGGGAUCCGAGCCCGCCGCGGGAGCCGCCUGGGAGGCGGCGGCCCCGGCCCCGGACGGCUGUGGGCAGGACACGCUUGUCACCGGGAGCAGAGUGGAUGCCUCUCCCCAGGUUCCUCUGCUGUCUGCACUGGUUAACCAUAAAAUCCUCAGUGUGAGGUGGCCGAACACUGCAAACCCCUACAGGCUCUGCCAGCCUUUCCAGGUCCUGCGGGAGAGCGGGGGCAGGCGGUGGGAGGAGAGCGGGCGCCAGGCCCUGGUACCAGCCACGGAGGAGCCGCCAGCAGCCCCCUGUGAGCUGGCAGCUGCCACGCCGGUGCAGGCAGCCUCUGCCAUGAACCUGGAGAAAGCAGUCUUUGCUCCCACUGCAGGAGGGAGGCUCUGUGGUGGAAAACGUGCCAGCCUGCCAGCAGCCCGGCCCUUCCCAAUGAUCCAGAAGGUGAUGGCCUCCAUGGCACAUCUGCAGGAGGAGAAGCUGCAGCUGCAGGAGGAGCUGCUGCGGCUGCAGGAGAAGCUCACUGCCCGGGAGAGCGACGAGCUAUCCCGCUCUCUCCAGCUGCAAGGCCAGGUUGAAAGUCUGAAGGCGAAGCUCCUGGAGCAGGCGCAGGAGAUCAGCCGGCUGCGCUCAGAGCUGGGCGGCACGGAUGCGGAGAAGCAUCGUGACCUGCUGGCGGCUGAGAACGAGCGCUUGCGGCAGGACAUGAAAGCGUGCGAGGGGGAGCUGCGGGAGCUGCGGCGGCAGCAGCAGGCACCAUGCCGGGAUUGUGCCCAUCUCCAGGAGAACGCUGAGCUGCAGGAGCGUUUGUCCCAGCUGCAGCGGGAGGCAGAGGAGACGCGGGCCAAGCUGGCGGAGCUGGAUCUGGAGGUGCAGCAGAAGACGAACCGCUUGGCCGAGGUGGAGCUGCGGCUCAAGGACUCCCUGGCUGAGAGAGCUGAGGAGGAGGAACGGCUCAGCCGGCGGCUGCGGGACAGCCAGGAGACCAUCGCCAGCCUCAGGUCCCAGCCCCAGCAGAUAAAGUACAUCAUCAAGACAGUGGAGGUGGAGUCAGCCAAAGCAAAGCAAGCCCUGUGUGAGAGCCAGUCCCGAAACCAGUACCUGCAGGAGCAGGUGGGGAUGCAGAGGCAAGUGCUGAAGGAGAUGGAGCAGCAGCUGCAGAGUUCCCAAAAGAUGGUGGCUCAGCUCCGAGCUCAGAUCGUGAUGUAUGAGGCUGAGCUGGAGCAAGCCCACGGGCAGAUGCUGGAGGAGAUGCAGGCAAUGGAGGAGGAGAAGAACCGUGCCAUCGAAGAGGCAUUUUCCCGUGCCCAAGUGGAGAUGAAGGCAGUGCACGAAAACCUGGCAGGCGUCCGGACCAACCUACUGACGCUGCAGCCAGCGCUGCGCACCCUCACCCAUGACUACAACAGCCUGAAGCGUCAGGUCCGCGACUUCCCCCUGCUCCUUCAGGAGACCCUGCGGAACGCCAGGGCUGAGAUUGGCCAGGCCAUCGAGGAGGUGCACAGCACCAACCGGGAGCUGCUGCGCAAGUACCGUCGGGAGCUGCAGCUCCGCAAGAAGUGUCACAACGAGCUGGUGCGGCUGAAAGGAAACAUCCGUGUUUUUGGGCGAGUCCGCCCCAUCAUGAAGGAGGAUGGCGAGGGUCCAGAGGCGGCCAACGCGGUGACCUUUGAUGCUGAUGAUGAUGCUGUCCUGCAUCUCCUGCACAAGGGGAAGCAGGUGUCCUUUGAGCUGGAUAAGGUCUUCCCCCCACAAGCAUCCCAGGAGGAGGUGUUUCAGGAGGUUCAAGCCCUGGUCACCUCCUGCAUCGAUGGCUACAAUGUCUGCAUCUUUGCCUAUGGGCAGACGGGGGCAGGGAAAACCUACACAAUGGAGGGAACGGCAGCAAACCCAGGAAUCAACCAGCGGGCCCUGCAGCUCCUGUUCUCCGAGGUACGGGGCAAGGCGGCCGACUGGGACUAUGCCAUCAGUGUCAGCGCUGCCGAGAUUUACAAUGAGGCACUCAGGGACCUGCUGGGAAAGGAGCCGCAGGAGAAGCUGGAGAUCAAGCUGUGCCCCGAUGGCAGUGGGCAGCUCUACGUGCCCGGGCUGACCGAGUUCAGGGUGCAGAGCGUGGAGGACAUCAACAAGGUCUUCGAGUUUGGCCACGUUAAUCGGGCAACGGAGUGCACCAACCUGAACGAGCACAGCUCCCGCUCCCACGCCCUGCUCAUCAUCACCGUCCGUGGCCUCGACCGCAGCACAGGGCUCCGUACCACAGGGAAGCUGAACCUGGUGGACCUGGCGGGGUCUGAGCGGGUUGGGCGGUCGGGCGCAGAAGGCAGCCGGCUCCGUGAGGCACAGCACAUCAACAAGUCCCUCUCGGCCUUGGGUGACGUCAUUUACGCCCUGCGCUCCCGGCAGGGCCACGUGCCCUUCCGCAACUCCAAGCUGACCUACCUGCUGCAGGACUCACUCAGCGGUGACAGCAAGACUCUGAUGAUGGUGCAGGUCUCCCCUGCUGAGAAGAACACCAGUGAGACGCUAUGCUCCCUGAAGUUUGCCGAGAGGGUUCGCUCCGUGGAGCUGGGUCCUGUCUCCCGCAAGGCUGAGCUGGCCUCCUGGCCCAGCCAGGAACAGCUGGAGGGUGACUCACCAGGGACUGCAGCAGCCCCUGGCCGGGGCCACGCAUCCCCCAGCCCGGGGCAGCUCUCUGGCCGCGCCGCCUCCAUCCGCAGGAAGCUCCAGACCUCAGGGAAGCUGAGGCCGGUCCCCGUGUGACAAGUGCCAGCCCUGGCAUCAAACCCACUGCAGGACCCAGCCCCUCACAGUGCUAUGGAGAGCUGGCUGCUGGAAGAUGUGAAGGCUUCGGUGCCGUUCCCUCAUACACCAGGACCCCAAACCAGAGGGUGACAGCACUACCUGGACUGUAUGGAUGUAUGGAUGGACAUCAUGAGCAGCACGAGGCCAGGGUCUCCCAGCAGCUGGCCAUGCAUCUCAGAGUGGGGGAGAGUGGUGCUGGGCAGGGAUCUGCCCCCUCAGACACUCAGCUCUGUGACUUUUUAGCUUUGCCGGACAGAUGUUUUUAGCCAGAGUGGGGAGCUGCUGGGUGCUCCCUCUGUCUCUCCAGCUUUGUUUUUACAGGAGUAGAGGUAUCUGGCUGCAGGGGGUGCUUAGAGCCAGGUGAGCCCCGGGACAUGUCUCUGCUACCCUGGCCACAGCUUCCCCCCAGACUAUGUCCAGGCAGCUGCCCACUGUCUUUCAGAGCAGCACUUCCUCUAUUUUAAGCCAGAAAAAAAAAAUCCCAGCAGCUCCUUUCCCGGUAGGUUUGUCAAGCCCUGUUGUUGCAUGAAGGCAGCCUGGUGCCCUGCAUGAGCCGAGCCGCCACUCACCGUGUCGCCAGGGCCCUGCACCAGCCGCUCUGACACGGAGCUGCCCGCGUUACGUGGCACUGGGGUGGAUUUAGCGGUCUUGAAUGAAGCUAUUGUGAAGUUAUUUACCAGUUGUCUUGUCAAGAGAGAUCACAGUGUGAUCAAGAUGAAAGUGUUUGAAAUAUUUAUACCCUGUUUACAUGGUCUGGGAAUGGAAAACGAGUGGAAAACAAACAAACAAACAAACAAACGCAAACCUCCAGCCCAAAAGCCUGUUGGCUUUUGGGAGAGCAGCUGGCAGGGGUAUGGGAGAAGAUGGCACUGCUCCUUGGACCUCUGAGCACCCGCCUGUGGGGACACCACCUGCUGCUGCAGAUAACUGACUGGAUGCACUGAUGGCUCUUUCCCACCACAGCCCUCUCCUCUCGCUCUUCCACAGCGUAUUCUAUGAAAAAAAAAGAAAAGGGGGGGGGGGAAAUAAAUUUAGCCUUUUGUAAGAUUAGAUGUUUCUAUGUAUUUUAAUAAUUAAAAACAAAAAAUCCUGUUUUGUAACAAAACUUAUUUUAAAUAAACUGUUAAAGCCA